AUGUAUUUUUUAAACGUUUAUUUAACUAAUAUAAAUAAUAUGGGCUACAAUUCAAACCCAAUUUACGUUUAUUAUGCUUUUUCCCCAAACUUUCUAUUUCGAGAUAAAUCGCAAAUAAAACUUAAAAUCGUCCCGCCCUAAACCGAAAUAAUCAUAAAUUUUAUUAUUUAGGAUUAGGAAAAAAGGAAAAGAUGAAGAAGUUAAUGGGCUUUAAUUUCCCAGGGGAUUUCAACCUCAACUCAAACUUACGUCUAGAUUCCAAUCCACAAAUCAUCACAGAUUUGAACGAUUUGGUAAUGUCGAGUCCGUUGGAUAAUGAUAAUUUAUUAUUGUUUGUGGAGUUGUUGGUGAAUAGAUUUGACUGGAUAAAUGCAAAUUUGGAGGAGAUUGACAAGUGUAAAAAUGCGGUUUUGGACCUCAUUUCCAUUGAUGGAACUUGCGUUGACUGGCUUGUAAAACGGCUAAUUACAUAUUUUAAAUCUGUUAAUAAGGAGCAUUUGAAGGUGGAUUUAUGUUCCCGUGAGUUUGACAGUGUUACGGAGCUUAAAAAAUUCGUCAGAACGAUUUUAACCACGUCUCCAGACGAUCAGGAACUCACUGGAGAUAAUUUUAACUUCAUGUACGAACUCAUUGGAUAUCACUCCAGCGUCGAUUUGAAGAAAAAAGUAAUCUCAAUAUUCCCCUCGACACAUAAAAAUCCGUCGUUUAAAGGUCUGAGGUGUUUCUUUUACAGGGACCAGACUGGCACUGUGGACUUCUUCAGCUACGCUCGCUGUUGUGAUAAUGUCAAAACGAGGGGUCAAAUACUGAGGGAACAUUUGUGUGACUUGAUAAUUGAAAUUUGCAAGUUAAGUCCGAGCAUUCUGGGAACAAUUGCGGAUACGCUGGACCUGUGUUACCCGCAUCAUAAUGUGCAAAUUGAACAUCAUAUCUCAUUUACCAAGGCUAUUUUAUACCUAUCAAAGUAUCUACCAAGUAUACGAAUUCUCUUGUAUAGGAUAUUAAUUAACAAGUUAACAGUGAUUGACUCGGAAAUUAGACUUGCAGAUCCCGUAGUCGACGUGGAAAAAGUUGAAAACUUAAGGUCUGAAAAGAUUAAUCAGCUGGCCACAGAGUUACUCAGUGGGCAGUCUGACACAACUCAGUACAAAUCUGACGGAGCUAAUUGGUUUCGAGAUGUCUACGAUAAACUCAGGACUGAGGAGGACUGCGACGACAUGUCACAGAAGCUGGAUUUCCUCAUGGCGCUGGUGUUUGAGGAUCUUCACUUACUACUGAACAGGUGCAACAAGUAUAACUCAGCCACUAUGAACAACGCCAGUAUAACUGGUAGUAAAAUCACUAAAAAUACCUUACAGCACAUACAAUUGGAUAAUCACACAAGUAAAGACACGCACUCCAAAUUCCCACUAGAACUCAGCACUCAACCCGGGACAUCAACAUCCCAAACCACAAGCGUAAAUAUGAAGGACACGUCUGAAAAUAUGAAGGACACGUCUGAAAAUAUGACCAAGAAUAGCUCCGAUGAAUUGGAGGAAAUGUAUACACCGAAGAGUAGGAAGGAGCUGAGGGUACUGUCAAGUGAGACAUGCUAUGUCAACAGUGACUCUAGCUUCUCUGAUACCACCGCCGAUACUCUCACUCUCAACUCAUCUUCACAUUCAACUGUCACAUCACACACUUUACACACUCUUAACACUGUUGAUACUGUAGGAGUUGACACAGCAAACACAGUAGACACAGUAAACACAGUGGAUACAGUAAACACAGUGGAUACAGUGGAUAAAGAUCUACGGGAAGAUAGUGAGGAGUUGCAUAAGAUGGUUCGAGAGUUAUUUGAGGUGUUUGAGGAGGUGAUAUUACAGGCGUACAAGUGUAAGUAUGUGCAGUUUAUAUACUUUUACGUCACAUCGUUUGACGUUAAAUUUUUGAAAAUGUUCCUACAGCGGCUGUUUACUAUCGUCUAUGACAACGCACAACACGUAAUUAAACGCAGAACCGCCGCAUCUUACAUCUCUUCACUCAUCUGCAGAGCCAACUUCGUUCCACACCACUUUAUCAUCUCCACACUGACACAUUUUUUUACUCUCCUCUCACCUUUCAAUCAGUUCAUACACAACUGUCAUAUCGCCAAUAGUACUAUUGUCAAGAGCACUAUUGUCAAGGGUAAUAGUCACAGUGUCAAGAGUAAUAGUAGGGGUAACAGUAGGGGUAUCUCCUGGGUUAACACUGUAAAGAGUAACUCCGGUGUUAACAGUAAAACAAUUGGUGUACAUCUGAAUGCUGUUGGAGUAACGAAGAAGUUGAGUUUAUUUUACUCGAUAUUGCAGGACAUAUUGUACAUAAUAUGUUAUCACACGGGUGUGGUAUCGGGUUCUGAGACGUGCGUCUCAUUUAUUCAGAACACAGAAACGGGCCUUAUGGCGUACCUAACUUCAUAUCUAGACCCGCUAUCAUACUGUAAAACGUCCGUAAUCUCCCAGGCCAUUAAAUCAACCUCUCACUUUUCUAACUUAGCGUGUCUGAAUGAAUUCCUUAGGAGUAAGAAUUAUCUAUUGGAUACGAAGGAGUCGGAGCAUUUUAAGUGGUCUUUUUACAGUCCCAUAGACUCUUUUUUCCCAUUUGAUCCUUAUCUACUACAUCAUUCCAGGUUCUACAUUAGGGAUAAAUAUAUCUCACAGCCACACACUCCUGAGUCACCGGACCUCAAUACACACACUGUUAAACCGAGUGAACUGGUAGACGAAGUAGUAGACGCGAUAAAAAGUGAUAAGAAAAUGGUGGAAGAUGAUUUGAAACGUGUGUCUAAGUGUCUAGAUGAUUCACUUGGGUUUUCUUCAAUUUCAAGAUCACUCAAGGCGAAACUUGAUACGCUUAGGAAUUUUAACUCCGACACUCAAAUCGAAGCCGAUUACGAUUUCUGGAAUUACGAACAUACCAUUCAACAACUCGAAUACAACACACAAGAUCAGGAUGAGAGAAUGGAGGAUUUGGGUUUGGGGAUGGAGGACAGGAAGCACGGGUUAUUGGAGUUGUUAACUUCGUCAAGUGCUUACAAAUCCGCAAUCACAAACUCCAAAAAAGCUAAACUGUGUCAAACACAUUGAAUACUCUUUACUCAGGUUACGGUUGUAAUGUGAGUUAUAUUAUUGUGUUGAGAUGUAUUAUUGAGUUGAGAUGUGGGAUAGAUAAUGAUUAUAAUCCAUUUUAACUUUUUUGGAUUGAUAUCUGGUCACCUGAAUUAUAUAUUAUUGUGAAUGAUAUAAGAUUGUAAAUGAUAUAUGAAUGUGACUGAUAUGUGAUUGAGUAUUUGGUACCCGUAGCUUGGAUAAAAGAUCAUCGGUAACUCGACCUCUAUAACCACUUUUCCUAAUCUAAU